CAAACGCCAAAACUAAGCUAACCACAAGAUAAUGUAAUAACUUUUAGCAUUCACUAACUUUCUGCCACGUGUCCGCAGCAGGAUUCUCUUCUCCAUACAGUUAAACCUCCCUUCCUCUCUUCAAUGUGCUCACACUCCCAAGUUUGUAGAGUUCUGAGAGCUUGCGUGUAAGAAAUGUUGAAACAAGAAACGCUUGAUGCUGCUGGUGGUGGAAACGAUUGGGCGCGUGUCUGCGACACAUGCCGGUCUGCGGCCUGCACGGUGUACUGCCGAGCAGACUCGGCGUACCUCUGUGCCGGAUGUGAUGCCCAAGUGCAUGCUGCCAACAGGGUGGCCUCACGCCAUGAACGUGUCUGGGUGUGCGAGGCAUGUGAAAGUGCCCCGGCUGCCUUCUUGUGCAAGGCAGACGCUGCAUCCUUAUGCACUACGUGUGAUGCUGAAAUUCAUUCAGCUAAUCCACUCGCACGUCGCCACCAGCGUGUCCCGAUUCUUCCGAUAUCGGGAUGUCUAUAUGCCCCUCUGGCUACUGAUCAAGGCGGUCCAAAGAUGGCAUCUGCAACCGAGACCGAAGAUGGUUUUAUGUCCACAAAUGGAGAUGAGACAAUCGCUGAGGAUGAGGAUGAGGCAGCUUCAUGGUUACUGUUGAAUCCUGGGAAAACUAGCACCAACCAGAACAAAGGGUUUUUGAUUACCCGGGAGGAUGACAAGUAUCUGGACCUCGUUGAUUACAAUUCGAGUGUCGACAUUCAAAUCACUGAACAGUACAACCAACAAAACGAAUACGGUGUUCCGGUCAAGAGUUACGGGGGUGAUAGCGUUGUGCCAGUUCAAUGGGAAGAAGCCAAAUAUCACUUUCAGCAGCAGCAACAGCAACAGCAUCAGAGUUUUCAGUAUGGCCUCGAUUACGAUUCCUCAAAAGCUGCAUACAGCUACGACGGUUCCAUUAGCCAUACCGUAUCCCUUUCCUCAGUGGAUGUAAGCAUUGUGCCGGAAUCAACUACUAGCGAUAUCUCUAUCUCGCACACAAGGCCGACUAAAGGUACAAUUGACCUCUUCACUGGACCUCCCUGUCCGAUGCCAACUCAACUUGCACCAAUGGAAAGGGAGGCUAGAGUCCUGAGAUACAGAGAAAAGAAGAAGACAAGAAAGUUUGAAAAGACAAUAAGGUAUGCUUCGAGGAAAGCAUAUGCAGAAAUGAGACCCCGGAUUAAGGGUCGGUUCGCGAAGAGAAUGGAGGUGGAAGUCGAGGUGGAUCAGAUGUUCUCCACAACAGUACUAUCGGAAACUGGAUACGGAAUUGUACCUUCAUUCUAAAUGCAGUAAGAAAAGGAGUUAAUAGUAAAGCUUUAAUGCUGAUACUGUAUCUCUUCUUAAUUGAUUUGGUCAAUUAGAUAAUAUAUGUUUGGUAUUUUUUUUGGAUUGUCUAAAUCAUGCUACUGGUGUAUUGUAAAUACAUGUAUUAAUGUAUAUCUAUAAUUCUGGGAUUUACUUGUUUGCAAUUAAAACAGGAACAAUCA